AUGAGAAAAACGUCUGUAAAUAAAAAAAGAAAAGGAAGUGAUAAAUCUUCUUCAAGAAAAAAUAGUUUACAAGAAACAUUCGACACAAAUAGUUCUAUUAACGAGAAAGCGCAUGAUAGUUUAAAUGAUGAAGCAACUAAUUUAGAAAAAGCGGAAGAAAGUACAAAGAAUUUAAAUGAAAUAAAUAAUAAUAUAAAAAAUGAAGAUGAUGAGGAGGAUAUAAAAUUUUUAAUUGAACAUAUAGAUUUUAAACACUUUUGUAAUAUAAAAAAGAAGGAAAGUGCGCAUUGUAAGAAUAAAAAAAAUGAUGAUAAUAUAAAUGAUGAUAAAAUAAAUAAUAGUAAUAGUAAUAGUAACCAUUGUAAGAAUAAUAAUAUUAAUGAUGAUAUGGAAUAUAACAACAAUCCUUUAAAGAUCAUUGGAAAAACAUAUGAUUAUUUAAGAAGAAAAAAUUUUAAAUCAGUACAUUUAAAGAAAUUAGAAAAUUAUCAAUAUUUUGAAAAAAUAUUAUGGCCUUAUUAUAAUAUGUAUGAUAAAUUCUAUGAAUUAAAUAAUAACAACAUAUUUUUUCAUCCGAAUGAUGAAUUAAAUAAUAAAACGAAUGUACAUUUAAAACAUUUAUUAUCUAUCGUAAUAUUUCUUUGUUAUAAAUAUGAAGAAAAGGGGAAGCAUGAAAUCUGGGAACAAUUAAUAUAUAAUAAAAUUGAUGAAUUUGAAAAAUUAGUAUAUAAUGAAAAGAAUGGUUUAAAUGGAAAUACAAAUAUUUUUAAUAUUGAUGAGAAAUAUAAUUUAUAUAAAGAAUUUCUUAUAGAAAAAUUUAAUAAUUUAUUUUUUAAUACACUCAAGUUAAUAAAUUAUAAUUUUGUUAUCAGUGAAUUUUUAUCAUUUCAUUUGAAAAGUAACAAUGAUGAAAUAUUGUUGGAGAAUUUGAAAAGAUAUAGAGAAAAAUUAUUUAAAUUAAAUUUUUUAGAAAAAAGUUAUAUAUUACAAUUUUUUAUUAAUAUUUAUUCUAGUAUAGAUAAGAAAUUUCUUUUUAAAUUGUGUGUAGAUUUAUGUAAUCCAUUUAUAUGGAUAUAUAUUAAUGAAACAUAUUUAAAUAACUUUCUAUUUAAAACAAAUGAGGAUGCAAAGUUGUUAUAUAAUAAUAUAUUAAAUGUUAUGAAAAGGAAAUAUCACAAUUAUGAAAAUUAUGAUCUUUUAUCAAUAUAUACUAGUAACUGUAUUUUGGAUACUCAAGAAGAGGAACAAAAUAUUCGAAAUCAUGAUAAGAAGAAAAGGAGAAAAUCAUCUACAAAAAUUAAUGAUAGUAUUCAAAAUGAAGAAAACAAAUUUUCUUAUGAUGAAAAUGUUAUAUUAUUUAUAAAUAAAAAUGCAUUUUUCUACAACCUUAUAAAUUAUUUUCUAUUAGUUUUAGAUUAUGUAGAAAGAAAUAAUUUCGAUGAUGUAAAUGAUACAGAUAUUUUAUCGGAUACAUCAGAUGGUGAGAAUGUAUUUGACAAAAUGAAUAUUUUUGAAAAUGAUGAUGAUAUAUUAUAUACUUUUGAUGAUAAUAAAAAAAUUGGUACACAACUAUUAGAAAAAUUAAAAAUAAUAAAUGAAAAUAUCACAGAGGAAGAUAAUACAAUUUCAUAUUUAGAAAAUAUGGAUAUGCUACAGAAAUGUGAAAACAAAAUUUAUGAUGAAAAGUAUAAUAAGAAUACAAAUGUGUCCUUUAAUUUUGAGUUACAAAAUAAAGAAGAAAAUAUUAUAAAUGAUUAUAAAUAUUUUUCUAGUGAAGAUGAUUUAUAUCAGUAUAAUGAAUAUAAUAAUAAUAAUAAUAAUAAUAAUGAACAUUAUAUGAAAGAUGAAAUAUUAAAUAUAUUUUCAAAAUAUGAAAAAAAAGUUAAAGAUAUGAAUAAUAAAGUAUAUAUAUAUAGAAAAAAUAAAGUUCCAAAAAAAGAUACAUGUACACAAAAUAAUAAUAAAUAUAUUUUAUUAUUUAUUGAAAAGUGUAUUGAGUUUUUUAUCGAUUUAUUAAGUCAACUUUAUUCUAGACGAAUAUUAUAUAUCUUUUUAAAAUAUUUUAAUGUAUAUAUUUAUUGUAAAAUAUCGAAAUUGAAUAAACACAACAGGCAAUUCAAAGAAUUAAUAAAAUUGUUUAAAUAUUAUAUGGAAAUGUAUAUAGACAAUUUUUCAGGGAAUCCAUUAACAUAUUUGGAAAUUAAUAAUGAACAUUAUAAAAACUUUGAGUCCUUCCAAAUAUUUUGUUAUAAAUAUUAUAAGGAUCAUAAUAUUUUAAAAAAUUAUUAUUUAAAAUCUGUUUAUGUGAUGGACAAAAAAAAAGAAAUGUGGGAAAAUCUAACCAAAUUAGAUCACAAUGUGUUAUCUUUUUUAUGUCAAAAUUUGAAAUAUGUAAUCAAAAUGGAUACAUAUAUUGAGGAUGAUGAAAGUAUAAGUGAACCGAAAAAAAAGGCGAGCAUCACCAGUGAUACACAUAUGAAUGAUAAUAAUAAUAAUAUUAAUAAUAUUAAUAAUAUGAAUAAUAUGAAUAAUAAUAAUAUUAAUAAUAAUAAUAAUAAUAGUAGUAGUAGUAGGGGGGGGAAAAAAGGAAGAAAGGGGAAUAAUAAAAGAAAUGAAGAAAAAAUAGAAAAAAAACUUGAAAGUAAAGUGGAAAAAAAUUCAGAAGAAUAUAACUCCUACAAUAAAAAUAAAUAUAAUUAUUUAUUUAAUCAUUUAAAUAUAUUUCAUGAAAAGAAGAAAAUAUUUUAUAUUAUAUUAUUAAUUGAAAAUUUAAGUUUUAAGAAAAACAUAUUUGAAGAAAUUGAAAAAAAAUGUGACUAUCCAAAUGAAAUGGAUUUAUUUGAUAAUAUAUUAAUAGAUUCUAAUGAAGACAUAAAAAAUAAAACUAAUGAAAAAAACAAAAAAAAAAAAUAUAUACUUUAUACAAAACCAUUAUUUAAAUUAAAUUUACAAUAUUUAUGUAUAAAUGAUUAUAUUUUUAGAAUAUAUAAUUUAUUCAAAUUACAAAGUUAUUAUGAUAUAAAGAAAAAUAUUUUAGAAUAUGUUUAUGAAACGAAUCCAAAAAAUAAAAAGGUAAAUGAAAGUACUAUAUUAAAAUAUGUAUAUGAAAUUGAUGAUGAUAAUAUAGAUUAUCAUAAUAUGAAUGAAAAAGAAUAUAAAAAAAAUUAUUAUAAUAAUGACGAUAAAGAUAAUUAUCAAUUAUCUAAUAUUGUAGAUAAUGUAAAUAAUAUGACGAAAAAAAGAAAAUCUAAUAAUGAUAUAGAAGAAAAUGAUGUUAUUCUUGAUGAUGAUAAUCAUAUAAAUAAAAAUAUAUAUAAUGAAUAUCAAUUAAAAUCUAUUAUUGUUGAUAUUAACAAAAUUGAAAAUACCUAUUUUGCCAAUGAAAGGAGAAUGAGUAAUAAAAUUGAUUCAUUCAAAAUUAUUAAUGUUGAUGAUGAUAAUAAAAAAGUGACUGCAGAAAUAAUUAUUGAUUUAAGAUAUAAACAAUAUGAAAGAAUAAAAAAUGAAUGGAAUAUGAUUAGAUCUUCUGAUAUAUUAUUUCUUGUUUCUGUGAGAAAUUAUAGUAACUUAUAUAAAAAUAAAUUAAAUGUUAUAAAUGAUAAUGAUAUGAAAAAAUUAUUAGGUAUUAAUUAUGUUAGAGGUUGUGAAGUAGUAAAAUAUGCUAAUAUGGGCAAUGAUGAUGAAGAUAUUAAUAGUAAAAAAUGUACUUUAAAAAAAAUUACAGUAUAUUUAGAUUAUAUACAAUAUCAAAAAGAUAUUCUAAAUAAUCCAGACAUAUAUGAAUCCUUUAAUCUUUUAAUAAGAAGAAAACAAAAGGAAAAUAAUUUCUAUUACAUUCUAAAUAAUAUUAAGACAUUAAUUCUCAAUCCUGAUGAUGCAAUAAUACCUCAUUGGGUGCAUGACAUAUUUUUGGGUUACUGUGAUAGUUCGAUAAAAUAUUACGACGAAACAUUGCAAAAGGUUUAUCAUCCUGAUAAGGAUGAAGAAAUUGAAGAAGAUGAAAGUGACAGUGAUAAUAACAGUGUUGAGUACCAAACGGGCAGCGACGAUAAUAAUAAUGAUAAUAUUAAUGAUGAGGACAAAACUGAUAGUGAUAAUAUUACAGAUAAUGAUGCUCGUAAUAACUAUAAUAAUUCAAACGCAAGCGAUGUUUUAUCAAAUGAUGAUGAGAUACAAUCAUCCAAAUCUUUAAUUAAAAAUAAGUAUUUUUACAAUAAAGCUCUUUUGAAUUUUAUAAAAAGAAAUGUAGAUGAUAUUAAUUACUUGAAUACCUUUUUGAAUAUAGGACAUAUACUUAAAACGACAAAUGUUGGAUAUAUGUGUGUGGAUUUGUCUUAUAUGAACAUAUUAAAUGAUAAUAAUUUUAAUGUACAUGAUUUUUUAAAUGAAUAUAUUGAACCACUUUAUUUAAGUUAUGUACCAAUAAAAUAUGAACACGAAAAGGAUUGUAUGAAACGAAAUGUCUUAGAAAAAAAUAUUAUAGAAAGUUUAUUUUAUCAUAUUUGUGUAAUCAAUAAAUAUAAAAUUGAUGACACUAAUUUUGUGUCAAAGUUUGUAACAAAUAUUGAUCUUGUAUAUGAAUGUCAUAAUAAUUUUUUUGUAUUCCAAUUUGAAUUUAAGGAAAAGAAAUAUUUUUUAAUUUUUAAUAAUUUUUUAUGUAAAGAGCAAAAUGAGAAAAAUGUCGUGGAGCAAGUUGAAGAGAAUCAGUAUGAAGAUGGUUCCACACAAAAAAAAAAAAAAAUAAUAAAUAAUAAUAAUAGGAAUAUACCAAAUAAAACAAAAAAGAAAAAAAAUAAUAAUGAAGUUAUUAAUGGUGAUCAUUAUGAUAAACAUAAUUAUGAUAAUAAUAUCCAUAAUGAUGAUGAUAAGAGUGAAGCAACCCUUGAUAACAUGACACAAAAAAAUAACAACAAAUGUGUUAUCAUUAAGGAUCAGAACAAAAUAAAGAAUAUUUAUCAUAAAGUUAUAGAAGAUUCCAUAAAAUAUAUAAGAAUUAAAGAUGGCAUAUAUCGAUUACAAAAUAAAAUAUAUGAAGAUCCAAAUUAUCCUUUAGAAGGAUUGUUAAUACAUACACAAAAAAAGAAUAGCACAAAUGUAAAAUACAUAAAUAAUGAGAAAAAAAAAGAAAUUAUUAAGAAAAAUAUAUAUUACACUGAAAGACAAAUAGAAUGUAUAAAGAGUGGUAUAUAUAAAGGAAUAACUAUCAUUGAAGGGGUUCCAGGUAGUGGUAAGACUAGUAUCUUAAAUAAAAUUAUUAAUAUAUUAUUUAAUAAUAAAAAAAACGAAAAAAUACUUAUUUGUACCCAUAGUAAUAGUUGCUUAAAUUAUAUUUUUAAUUUAUUAGUAAAAGAAAAUGUAAUUCAUCAAAAAUAUUUAUGUAGAGUUGGAAUGGGGGAAGUAGAUUCUGAAAAUUUUAUAAAUGAAUAUGAAAUUAUGAAUGAUAAGUUAAGUAAACAAUAUAAUAUGAAAGAUGAAUAUAUGAACACCUAUGAACUUAAUAAUAUAUAUAAUUAUGAUGAUGAAAAUUUUAAUUUUUCUAAAUAUGGAAGAAUAAAUUAUAUGUUAGAUUUAAGACAAAAAUUAUUAAAUGAUGUUAAUUUAUUAUCAGAAUCAUAUAAUAACCAAAAAAUAUAUAAUUGUUUAACUGCUAAUCAAUAUUAUGAAAGAUAUGUUAAAAAAAGAAUUUACUUAUAUUUUCAAUUUGUAUAUCUUUUUAAAAAUAAAUUUAACAAUGAAGAAAAGAAGGUGGAUGAAUUUUUUAAUUUAUAUUUAUCAUCCUCUCUUGAAGAUUAUGAUAUAUAUAACUUAUUUUUAUGUCCUAAGAUAUAUGUUCACAAUCAUGAAGAUAAUAAUAUAGAUGAAUUGUUAUGGAAAAAUUAUAAUAUGGAAGAAAAUAAUAAUUGUAAGAAUAUUAAAUGUAUGGAUCUAUUAAAAGAUGAUGAACCAUAUUUUUAUUUGAUACAUCCAGAAAAACAAUUAAAGGUAUUAAAUCUAAGUAUAUAUAAUAUAUUAUUUCCUUUUAAAAAGUAUAUAAAUUUAAAAUUAAAAGGAAUAUCAGUUCAAACGUAUCUAGAGAAUAAGAGCAAAUUAUAUGAAAAUAAAAAAGGAGAAUAUAAUUUACAGGUUCAAGAUAAAAUUGUGGAAAAUAAUUUUAUAUCAGAUGAAAAUCAUGUUACAAAUGGAGUAAUCAAUAUGGAUUAUGAUAAUAAUGAUAAUAAUAUUAACAAUGAUGAUGUAUUAAAUGAUAAUUCGCGUAGUAACAAUAAAAAUAGUGUUGAUAUAGCUCAAAUAAAUCAUUUAGAGGAUAAUGAUAAAAAUGAAAACAUUUUGAAAAAAAAUAAAAACACAAAUCAUCCUUAUAUAAAUGAACAUGUAGACGAAAAUCAUUUACAUAUUCAAUUUCACCAGGGUGAAGAUGAUUUAUAUGUAAGUAAAUAUUAUUUAUCAAAAUUAUUUAAAAAUUUCGAACAUUUAAAAGAUUGUAGAGCAUUUGAAGUUUUAAGAAAUCAAAGAGAAAGAUGUACUUAUAUUAUUGCUAAGCUAGCUAGAGUAAUUGCAAUGACAUGUACACAUGCUAGUAUUAAUAGAAGUAAAAUAGCAAAACUACAAUUUUAUUUUGAUAAUAUUAUAAUAGAUGAAUGUACACAAAUAACAGAAAAUGAUACGUUUUUACCUUUAUUACUUCAAGAAAAUAGAUAUUAUAAAAGUAAAUUAAAAAGAAUUAUAUUUGUUGGAGAUUCAAAUCAAUUACCACCUAUAAUAAAAAAUAAAUACAUCAAAGAUUUUGCUAAUUAUGAACAAUCUUUAUAUAAGAGAUUUUUAAGAUUAGAUUUACCAUCUAUAUAUUUAAAUGAGCAAGGUCGUAUGAGAAGUGAAAUAUGUAAUAUCUAUAAAUAUUUCUAUAGUAAAUAUAAUAUCGAAAUAUCUAAUUUAGAAUGUAUAUAUAAAGAGAAUUUUGUAAAAUCAUUCAAUCCGGGUUUUACAUAUACAUAUCAGUUUAUACAUGUACCUUCUGAAGAAUAUUCUCCUAUACCCUAUUUUUAUCAAAAUUUAUUAGAAGCUGAAAUGACGGUUGCAAUAUAUAUGUAUAUGAGAUUAAUAGGAUAUCCAAAUGAUGUAAUAACUAUUUUAACAACAUAUAAUGGUCAAAAAGAAUUAAUAUUAGAUAUAUUAAAAAAAAAUUGUAUGUAUAAUAAGUUAAUAGGUAUGCCUAAAAAAGUAACAACUGUUGAUAAAUAUCAAGGAAAACAAAAUGAUUAUAUUAUAUUAUCUUUAGUAAGAUCAAGAAGUAUAGGAUAUAUGAAAAAUAUUAAAAGAUUAAUUGUAGCUUUUUCUCGAGCAAGAUUUGGUUUAUAUGUUCUUGGUAAUUACAAUUUGUAUAAGAAAGCCUAUGAAUUUAAAAAGCCUCUAUAUUUUUUUAAAAAAAAUAAAUUACAAUUAUCUUUACAUUUAAAUGAACAUUAUUUAAACACAACACAUAGACAUAUUGAAAAUACUUCGAAUAAUUCAUCUUUAAUUAUAAAUGAUCUCAACCAUUUUUACACAAUUAUAUAUUCCUUAUUAAAUUAUCAAUUGCAACAGCCGAAAAAAUGA